AUGUCUUCUGCAGUAGCAGAGCUGGAUGGCUAUCUCCAUUCCAUGCUUUCUUUGAAGCCCCCUGGUGUAUCUGGAUCCAAAAUUAACGGCAUCACUUCACUCUGCACCGCCAAUAUUCAGUCCGAAUCGGUGUUGAUACAAAAGAUCUAUACCCAUUUUAAGCGAGCACCAGGGACACACAAGUUGGGCGUACUCUAUGUCGUAGACUCUGUAACUCGACAAUGGGUAGAAUUAGCACGCAAGGCCGGCCAGCAGAUUGGCGGCAGUGCUCCAGAUGGGACAUAUGCUGCAGGUGUUAACCGAGUGACCGAGCUUCUCCCAGUCCUCAUGACUGAUAUCAUAAACAAUGCUCCCGAAGACCAAAAGGACAAAAUCAAAAAGUUGGUGGACAUCUGGGAGCGAGGAUACACAUUCCCAGCUCCCAUGCUCCAAUCGUUCAAAGACAAGCUAAACGCUCCAGUAUCCCAAAACGUGGAAUCUACAACACCAGAAGGGUCACCAGCACCAAAUUCCUUUGCGUUCGGUGGAUCAGGUCAACAGCCAGCUGCUCCGGCCGCUGCGGUUCCUGAUACAUCCAGCAUCUUGAAGGCGCUUGCUGAAAUGGCAAAGCAAAACACAGCCGCUCCAGUCGCGCCCGCGAUUCCAGCAACACAGGCUAGCACCAGUAAUGUAUUAAACGCACAGCCUGCAGUCCCACAAACAAAUGCACCGUCUGUAGACCAGACUGCGCUCUCCUCUAACGGGCAGUCCGUAAACCCCUUUGCUGGAAAUCUUGCCGCCCAAUUCCCAGGUCUGGCCAAUACCGCCCAAAACAUGUUCCCGAACCAAUCCCAAGGCCAGGCUGCAGGUGCAGGCGCUUAUCCCGGUCAGAACCCGCUUGCACAGUUGAUGCAGCAACAGCCACCGCAGCAGCAACAACCCGCAGCCCCAACUCCCGUUACUCCAGAUCCCCUUCAGCAAUUAAAUCUGAUCCAGCUUCUUGCUGCUCAGGGUAUUCCACAGGAGCAAUGGGCAACUGCUCUCCAAAUUUUAAAUCUUUCCAAUGCAGCCAAUGCUGGUGGAAUGGGUAAUAUGAAUCCAGCUGCAUUGGCAGCCUUUGGUCAAAUGCCCGCAGCGAAUCAGAACGCCUGGGGAGCAAACGCACAGCAGGACAGCGCAUCACGUGACAGAGAUCGAGACACUCGCUCUCCCCCAGGGCAGUAUCGUCGUCGUUCACGGUCUCCUGGAUGGGACAGACGCCGUGAUGUAUCUCCACCACGCCGCCGCGACAGCCCCGUGUAUGGUGAAUACCAUGGUGACUCCCCUGGCCGUAGCCGCGGUGAACAUGGCAGAGGGGGCCGUCGAGGGAACGAAUACCGCCAGCGCAGCCCGCCUGGUGGUAGACGUCGUCGAAGCCCAAGUCCUCGCAAGGAGACCAACCUCCCGCCUCCUGGGCCCAAGUUCAUUGACUACGACUAUUCUAUUGGCGAUGGAAACAUUAAAGUCCUGAGCCGAACAUUGUUCGUUGGUGGUGUAACCUCAUCUGAGUCUCAUCUCCGAUCGCUCUUCUCCCGUUACGGUACAGUUCAGACAUGCAUUGUCAACAAUGACAAACGACAUGCGUUCGUCAAGAUGGUCAAUCGGCGCGAUGCCAUGAGUGCUCGCGAAGGGAUGGAGCAGUACAAGUCCGGAGACAUGCAGCUUAGGACACGUUGGGGAGUUGGUUUUGGACCCCGAGACUGCAGUGACUACCAUACCGGAGUCAGUAUAAUACCUGUUGACCGGCUAACUGAAGCCGACCGCAAAUGGCUCCUUACUGCAGAGUAUGGCGGCACUGGCGGCAAGCCUAUCGAGAAUGGCAUGGUUGUUGAAGAACCUGAUAUUGAGAUUGGAGCUGGUGUAUCUUCCAAGGCCAUCAGCCGUCGCAUGGCAACCGACCAGGGAGGCAAGCGUGGCCCCCAGUCAAGCCGAUACAGCCAUGAGCGCUUCCGCCGCAACGAGCGCGGCGGCGGAGGUGGUGACGACGGCCACAACAGCGGCAGCGGUGACCAUGACCGCGAUCGCGACCGUGACACCGCUUCUGGUCCCAAUGCCAAUGCUAUCGGAGUGCCUCCCGCCGUUCCAGGCUUCGGCUUCUCGUUCCCUGGCAUGCCAAUGUUCCCACCUGGGUUCAUACUGCCAGGCACGCAGCCAUCAACCACCGGGGCCCCAUCACAGCCUCCGGCACAGGGCCAAUGA